AUGUUAGGCAAAGAUUUAAGAUCAAUAAAAUCAAGUGGAAUAUAUGGCGGAUCAGCUCCAGGCCAUUCAGUCAAACCUGUGAAGUCAGAUAACCAUUUUGGAACGGGAGUAGAAGCCAUCAUAGAAAUGUUUACCGAGGGAAGUUCAGUGAAGCUAGAUCGAAUCAAAGUAUCAGACUGCGAUCCUGUUGGAACCGCCAAGGUAGAACCCAAUCUUGAAAGACCUAGAGUGAGAAUAAAUGGAAAUGUAUCUGCUCUCAUUGCAUCAGUAUCACUAUCUGAAGAAAGAUGCUAUUUAGUCCGUAUCGAUGAUGGAAAAGAGAAUAUCUUAAUUAAGGAGAGAAAGAUGUCUCAACAGGUUUUUAAAUCCAGCUAA